AUGGGCUGCACAUCUCCUACGUGCGUAUAUGUGACAAAUGAAACUCAACCAGUCCAUUCUCUGGUAGAAACGAAUUUUUGUUUAUUAAGUGCACCUGUUCUUCAACGUUCCCGUAAUUUUCAAUGGUAUUGGAAUUCAACUAAAGAUCAAGAACAGUGGCAGAAGUACACUGACGUCGAAAACGAAUUCAUUGAAGAUGCCUACAACGAGAAAGUGACGACAGAAGUGGAAAUUGACGGAAACUGUAUUAUAGACUUUGAACAUCUUGUUCAGUACAAGAAAAACGAUUUGCACAAACAAUUUCGAAUUAAGCGUGUUCAACUAGAUAGAAAUCGCACUAAUGUUCAUUUGCGUCAAGCGAGAUUUGUAACUCCGGUGAUGCUCGCUGCUGCUUGCACGCCUUUGGUCCUUCAAAAAGAUCCUCUACCAAAGCAAUACUGGAAGCUUGAAUUGGAGAACAAAAUUAAAACAAUGGCAGAUCUAGCAGAAGAUGCUGCUCUGGGAAUUAUCAAAGAAGGAGCAGCAUUGGGUAAAGUACACGAAGCUCGAUGGCUCGCUAAGCAGCUCUUCACAGUCAAACAUUUUGGCAACGAUGUUAAAGCACAAUAUUCUCGUGUUCCGAGAGAAAUCGGUGAAACAUGUGUUUAUCUAUAUACCAAAGAAUCAUUUUGGUAUAAAUCUGUUAAUGGUCUUUUUCGUAAACCAGAAACGGUGACUAUCGACCAAUUAAAAACAUAUGGUCCCUUCUGCCAUCUGAUGCAUUGGUAUUUAAAGAAAAACCAUACGACAGAUAGUGUUACAACAGUCUAUCGUGGCUUAAAUCUUAAUGAUGAACAACGGCAGGAAUUUACGAAAGCAAAUAUAAAAUUCACAUCGUUUACUUCGGCUACCAAAACUCGAGGAAACGCGGAACACUUUGGUAAUACACUUCUCAUUAUUCAUCUAAAUGUGGAAGAUCAAUUCAACGAAGCUGAAGAUGUAAUUUGUGGUGCAGAUAUUUCGGCUUUAUCUGAUUUUCCAGAUGAAGAAGAGUUCUUGAUCUGGCCAGGAUCAGACUUUCGCUUUGUAAAGGAGGAAUAUGAUAGAGCGAAGGAGAAAUAUGUCAUAUAUCUAGAAUCCUCACGAAACGAUUAUAUAUGA